AUGUGUCUGCUAUGGAUCGACAGCGACGCGACAGAGGCAGCCGCGGCUGCCGCGGCUGCAGAGGCCGCCGCGGCUGCGGCGGCAGGCAAGGCCUUUGCGGCGGAGGCAGAGGUUGAGGAAGACGAGGACGAGGACAGCGGCAGCGAGGCGGCGGCGCCGCCGGCGCCGGAGGAGUUGGAGGCGGACUGGGUGGCGGCUUUCAGGGAGCUGGCCGCGGCGUCUGCCAGCGGCGCCGCGUUCGUGCUCGCCGACGCAGCGGCGUCGCAGCCGAAUAGGGUGCUGGCGGGCGCGCUGCUCGGGAAGGGCGCCACGCGGCCGCCCGCGUUCCAAGUCUAUGCGGGGAACCGCGUCGUUUGGUCGACGUCGGCGUUUGGGGGCGCGGGCGCGGGGCCGGUCGAGGGCGCGGCAGCUGCCAAGAAGCUGGCGAGGCAGCUCGAAAAGCUGAGCUUGUCGUCGCCGCCUGCGGCGGCGACGAAGACCGCCUCGGCGCCCGCCGCAGCGCCCGCCAAGUCGGCAGUGGCUGCGGGUGCCAGCGGCAGCGGCGCUGCGGGCGCCCCGGCAGCUGCCCAGCGCAACCCCCCGGCGGCGGCGGCGGCGGCGGCAGGGCCUAGCCAGCAGGGUGAUGGCGGCACCGGCAGCGGCAAGGGCGGCGGCGGCAGCGACGCCAGCAUAUGGGACCCGCCAGCCGGCAAGUCAGCCAAGGCAGGGGCGAAGAAGCGGCUGGGUCCGGGCAAGGGAACGGCUGUUUACUGGCCGCGAAUGCCGUGCCUGCGCUGCGGCUGCCCCUGGUGGCUUGGGGAGGACUGGGACGCGCGCUGCGCGCGCUGCGGGUGGGACUGCGAGCAGGACGGCUAUGACGACGACUCAAACCCCCUUCCCAGAUUCAAAGCAAAGUUCGAGCAGUUUGCUGCCGCGAUCAAGGCCGGCCGCACGCCGCCGUGGCCCUGA